GAAGACUGUUACCAAAAAAAAGUUGGGAGUAAAUUUUGUUGUGCCAUUAAUGAAUGUAUCCGAAGUUAGGCACCUUCCCUUAAAUAUCCCCAUAACUAAUUUAAAUUAAAUAGUACCAAUUGGUUAUGUCCUCAACUGUACCAAUCAAUGCUUUUGUCCAUUCCUCUCCCUUUGCACAAUAAGCUUUGCUCUGUAUUUAAUUUAACUCUUCUUCUGCAUGCAAGUUUUGAUGAUUCCCAAAUCUUUCUCAUGCGUUUUUUACUUUCUUGAUUUGGCAAUUCUCAUGAGCUGAUUUGAUAUCUUACUUCUUUAUGGUUGCCGACACGAAAGAAGAAGUUACAACACAAAAACAACCCAAAUUUGUUUGGUGAGAAAAAUCUGAGUUAGCGAACCAAGAAAAUCUUGUUAUUUUUUGGAGCAAGGAGUUGGUUAUGCUCAAGUUGGUCUCUCUGUUUGUUUUUUCAAAUCCAACUUGAUUUCUUUGUUCUCUAUGAUCCAAACCCAUAUAUAAAUCUGUAGUGGAUUUACAUAACAACCAGAAAAUCAUUUCUAGACAUUGUUCAGUAUUGUCUUUGGUUUGUUUGAACUUCUUGUGUUUGUGUGGACCAAAAGAAGAAGGAAUGGUGGGAAGCAUUGAGGCCAAAAGCCUGCAAUCAAAUGGGUCUGUUCAUCAUAAUGGUCUUAAUUUGGAGGAGAAACUUGACGAAUUUCGUCGUCUUUUGGGGAAAUCUGACAAAGAUCCGCUAAGGAUUGUAAGUGUUGGUGCUGGUGCUUGGGGAAGUGUUUUUGCAGCACUUCUUCAAGAAAGCUAUGGAGGUUUUAGGGAUAAGUUUCAGAUCAGGAUAUGGAGAAGAGCUGGGAGAGCUGUUGAUAGGGAAACUGCAGAACAUUUGUUUGAAGUGAUCAAUUCAAGGGAAGAUAUCUUGAGGAGACUGAUAAGACGCUGCGCUUAUCUGAAAUAUGUCGAGGCAAGGCUCGGUGAUAGGACGCUCUAUGCUGAUGAGAUUUUGAAAGACGGGUUUUGUCUUAACAUGGUUGACACACCGCUUUGUCCUCUCAAGGUUGUGACAAAUCUGCAAGAAGCUGUGUGGGAUGCUGAUAUUGUUGUUAAUGGAUUGCCUUCAACAGAAACACGUGAAGUGUUUGAAGAGAUUAGUAAGUAUUGGAAAGAGAGAAUAACGGUUCCGAUUAUUAUCUCUCUGUCAAAGGGUAUUGAAACUGCUCUUGAACCAGUUCCACAUAUCAUAACUCCAACAAAGAUGAUUCAUCAAGCAACUGGUGUGCCGAUUGACAAUGUCCUGUAUCUUGGUGGACCGAACAUUGCUGCUGAAAUUUACAACAAGGAAUAUGCCAAUGCUAGAAUCUGCGGAGCUGCUAAAUGGAGGAAGCCACUAGCUAAGUUCUUAAGACAACCUCAUUUCAUUGUUUGGGACAACAGUGAUCUUGUGACACAUGAAGUAAUGGGAGGUCUCAAGAAUGUCUACGCCAUUGGAGCUGGAAUGGUAGCGGCGCUCACUAAAGAGAGCGCUACAAGCAAGUCGGUGUAUUUUGCUCAUUGUACAUCUGAGAUGAUAUUUAUAACUCAUUUACUAGCAGAAGAGCCUGAGAAACUUGCAGGGCCUUUGCUAGCUGACACUUAUGUGACCUUAUUAAAAGGGCGUAAUGCGUGGUACGGGCAAAUGCUGGCAAAGGGGGAGAUAAAUAGAGACAUGGGUGAUAGCAUAAGCGGAAAGGGAAUGAUUCAGGGUGUUUCUGCUGUGGGAGCAUUUUACCAAUUGCUUAGUCAGUCAAGCUUAAGUAUAUUGCCCUCUGAAGAGAAGAAACUUGUAGCCCCGGUAGAAUCAUGUCCCAUUUUAAAGACACUCUACAAGAUACUCAUCACAAGAGAACAAUCAACGCAAGCUAUUCUACAAGCAUUAAGGGAUGAAACAUUGAACGAUCCCAGAGACCGUAUUGAGAUUGCACAGAGCCAUGCAUUCUACAGGCCUUCCCUUCUUGGUCAGCCUUGAUUAGUCAGUCAUGGCUUUUACAAUCCAAACUUGUUGGAUCUGAUUACUAAGAGAUACAACAUAAAUUACUUGUGCAAGCUGCAGAUGCUACAUUAAAACAUUAUAGCUUUAAUUUGAAACAUUAUAGUUUCAAAUCUGUCAUAACUUGAAAUGGAUUCUUUCUUUAGUACCUGAGUCAAUGCAAUCCUUGUAUCAUUUUCUUUAUGAUCAAUGAGAGCUUUAUUUGCUCAAACAA